UUCACGGAGCGAAAAAAAAAAAGAAAUUGUGGCCCACCCUGGUUUCCAUCUCCAAUUUCAUCACUGUUUUCUUAUGUCCUACUGAUUUGAACAACUCAUUGAUUCGUUGAACCGAUGAUGUCAUUUUCUUAGGAACUCCGAACAACACAGCACAGGACACGACACGCCCAAUGGUUGGCGACGGUGAAGUUACAGUCUUCGCCGACACAAACUUAGGCACUCGCAUUGCUUUCAAUGCCCCUCCUGACAUCACAGCUGCAUCACUCAAAAGAGACUUUGAGAAAGCACACUUCAGUUGUUUACCAGAUAUAGGAGAGAUCCAAGUUAAUGCUUUGAGAAAGCACACUUCAGUUGUGAAGCAAAAACCAUGCUUCUACUACCUGCCUGAUUCCUUCCCUUUAAAAUAUGCUUUCCCUGCAAUGAGAGGAACAUGGUUUCUUCAUGUGGAAGUGAAGCAUUUAAAGCAUUUGUGCAUUCUGUGUCCGCCCGAUGAUGCAGCUGUUCUUUCAAAACACAAGGACUUAAAGACCUGCAAUGGUGAGGAUAAGGCAAAAUGCAAAAGUGAGGAAAAGAAAAUGGAAGGGUUCCAACCCCAUCAUGCAUUGUGGAAGAGGAUGAAACUACUAAUCAUGUUUCAAAGAAGCAGAACAAAGAGAAUUUCUCAUGAAAAUCACGCGCAGAAUACAGCCUCUGGAAUGCCAGAAAGAUAUCCCAGCAGAUUUGGAGACAAAUCUACUGGUAUGUCCAAUAAGAGUUCAGAUGUAAUGCCAGAGAAUAAAGUUGAAAAUGUAGUUGAGUUGCAUCCUAAUUCGAUGCAAUGCAGUCUCAGUAAGAUGUCUACACAAGUGAUAUCAGUCACAGGUAUAAUCCAUAAAUAUUUUUCAAGUUUCAAUGGGAUCGACAAUUUUAGCAGCUCUUCAAACUCAGAUAUUACAUCUAAAUCUAUUCAUAGUGAGAUUGAAGUUCAUUCAAACACCAGAGAACACAGUUGCUCAAAGAGACAAAGCGAUUCCUUGCCACAGUUCACUCCCAAAACACCCCCACAUGUCUUGCAUGCUCCAUUUCAUGUUGAAUCGGUUUCCAUAAAAUCAGGGUGCAAAAAUAGAAAAUCAAAUUUUGGGAAACAUCUUAAAUCAGGUGGCAAAAAUAGAAAAUCAAAAGUUGGGAAACAUCUUCUAUCAGGGGACGAAAAUAGAGAAUCAAAAAUUGGGAAUUGUCUUCUUGCCGCUUCACGAAGUCUUGGGGUUUCUAUCACUAAGCAUGAUCCUGCACUUUCUUUCUGCAGAUUUAAGGAUAGAAAACUACUGCACGACAAAUCUCAAAUGAAGGAAGGGUUUGAUAUUUUCUAUCAGUGAAAGUGAUGAUUGACGGUAUGGUGUAGAGUAGACUAUAACAAAUGUGUAAAUAUAAUGUGAUUGAAUUGUAUUUGAUCUAUUUUGUGGCCUAUGGCUUGCAAAUAUCAGACUUCUGAUUUAGUGUUGCCAUUGGGGAAAUUAUAGGCAAAAUGUUGUAAGUUUAUCUUGUAGAUCACAAGAAAGCAAACAGAUGUGCAAUUAGCUAGCAGUUUGUUACUAUUGAGAUUUUUUUUGCAUAGAUGUCGUCAGAGCUAAUGUUGGUUCUUCAAUGCUUCUCUAAACAUGCAGGCAGCAAACAUAUGACUAUUUUUCAAAGUCUUGUUGCAAAGGAAUGAGAAAAGGAUUUGAAUCUAUCAAACAUUAAGCCAAGAUCUGUUGGUUUUUCUGUGAUGUACUUGUAUUUCCUUUUUCUAGUGUAAAUUUUGCAGCUCAGUUGGGGCUGUUGUUUAUAAUUAUAGCAACACUGGAAACAAGAAUGGAAUGGGUGUUCUGAUUUGCUUCA